AUGUAUGGUGACAAUGAUAUAGUUGAUGAAAUAAAAGUAAUACAAAAAAUUGUUCAUGUAUUCAUAACAACAUUAAGAAUAUGUCUUUUAAAAUAUGAAAAUAAUAAUGAACUAUUAUGUGAAAAAAAUGUACAUUUAAUUGAAUUAAUAUCGUUAUUUCAUUAUUCACGUUUAUUUGUUGAUAAUGAACAAAUAGCAGAUAUUAUAAACAAAAAUGGUUUACAAUCAUAUAUCAAUUUACAUAAUAUUAUUUUUGAUGACAUACGUGAAUAUGAAUAUAAUAACUAUAUUUAUAUUAAUAAUAUGAUGAAUAACUUUCAUGUGGAGUAUUUUAAAAAUAUCAUUAUGAAUUCAAAAUAUUCUUCAAUUGAACAAUUAAACGUUAUUAGAAAUAAAUUAAAUGUAUGUGAUGUUAAAUUACCUAUACUUGGUGUAGCUGGAUUAAAUUAUGUCAUUUAUCAAGAUAAAGCAACAUUAACUGAACAUAAUUGGUCAAAAAUAACUACAGAUACAAGAUUACUUAUAAAUUUGAUUUAUAAAUUUUUUCAUAUAUUUGUACGAUCUUAUUCUAAUGAUUUUUCAUGUGGUACACCUCAUCGAGUUAAAUCUUUGGAAGGUGGAUAUUUGUUUGAGAAACAAGUUUUUGGUACAAUAAAAUAUAAUUUUUGGUAUAAUGCCAGUUGUUGUCAAUUGAUUUACAAGUGA